AAUAAUUUGGUGACAGGAAAAUAAAAUAAAGAGACUCCGUCAUCUCCAUCACUCCCCACUGUAACACCUCCUCCCUCCCGUGACUCCGCCUCCCCUUUCCCGCCACAAAAAGAAAAUGCUCUCUCAGCCUCACUUUCUCUCUCUAAACCCUCACUCUCGUUCUUCUCUCUCUUCAACCACUCUCUUCUCCAAUUCUUCAUCUUCAUCCUCAUCCUCAUCAUCAUCAUCAACCCUAGCUUUACCUAAAUCUCGCCGUUUCAUCUCAAUGUCUACAUCGAGACCGGCAGUCUCCAACGGAUUCGGUGCCGUUAAGACCGUCGAUCUUAGCGAUUCUGAACUCGAUCGUUUUGCGAUUAUUGCUGACAAGUUAGCCGAUGCUGCUGGUGACGUUAUACGCAAGUAUUUUCGGAAGAGAUUUGAUAUUAUUGAUAAAGAAGAUUUAAGUCCGGUGACAAUAGCUGAUAGAGCUGCGGAGGAAGCUAUGAUUUCUAUAUUACAGGAGAAUUUGCCUUCUCAUGCAAUUUAUGGAGAGGAGAAUGGUUGGCAAUGUAAAGAGAAAUCUGCAGAUUAUGUAUGGGUUUUAGAUCCAAUAGAUGGAACAAAGAGUUUUAUUACCGGCAAACCCUUGUUUGGCACCCUCAUUGCAUUACUGGAAAGAGGUAAACCGAUUCUUGGCGUGAUUGAUCAGCCUAUAUUACGAGAAAGAUGGGUAGGUAUAACUGGAAGAACUACUAGACUGAAUGGAGAAGAAAUAUCCACUCGCAGCUGUCCAAAGCUUUCACAAGCAUAUAUGUAUACAACUAGUCCACAUCUAUUUAGUGGAGACGCUGAGGUGGCCUUUGCUAAAGUUAGAGACAAGGUAAAAGUGCCGUUAUAUGGAUGUGACUGUUAUGCAUACGCGCUUCUAGCCUCCGGGCAUGUGGAUCUUGUGGUCGAAUCUGGUCUCAAGCCAUAUGACUUUCUUUCGCUGAUACCUGUGAUAGAAGGGGCUGGUGGAGCGAUAACCGAUUGGAACGGGAACCAACUAAGCUGGGAGGCUUCUUCGAACUCACAAGCGACAAGUUUUAAUGUAGUGGCAGCUGGGGACAAACAACUUCUCCAACAAGCCUUGGAUUGUUUAGAAUGGCACUAACUUUCAACAUGUUUUGUGGGAGAUAUUUGUUUUAAUGGUUUGUGCUAUGAUGCCUGUGCAGUUCUAAUGAGAAAUUCAGCCUCGGUUAUUUCUACAAGAUUUUAUUUAUUUCCGAAACGUGUAUUCGAAAUAAUUAUGCUACAUGUGUUGCUGGUAAUGUAUGAAUAAUCGCCAAGAACAAGUUUUUAGAUAUGGUGUUAGGUCUACUCGUUUAUUUGGAAGUGGGUAAAUUUUUAUCUAUA